AGAUUUGAUAAAAGUUAUAGAAAGACACAUAUUAUGCACUCUACACGUUUAAUAUUUAUCACCAUCCUGUUUCUUGGUAGCACCAAAGCACGGGGUCCUGUGAAAAUACCAUCAGUAGCAGUAGAUCCAAGUCUUCAAUGUGACAGGGAAGGCGAAUAUUUUCCAGAUACAACCAAUUGUCAAGCUUUUUAUGAAUGUAUUGAUAACAUAAAACAACAUAAUAUAUGUCCUGAUCCUCUUUUGUGGAAUGUUCAUAUACCCGGAUGUACUCUGGAUUCUGACUGCUCGCAACUUUAUCACACAACACCUGUUUACUGUGAUAACGGUAGCCUGACAAUCGAUGUUGAUGACUGUCACAGAUUCUUCAUUUGUCAAAAUAACCAAUGGGUAGGACCUCUCCCAUGUCCAAACGAUCUCUAUUGGAGCGAAAAAAGCAAAGGAUGUGUCAAGCUUGAGGAUUCUGACUGCCCGAAAUAACACAAAUAUAAUAAACGAUAGUAAUAAUGUUGUACAUUUCAUCAAUAAUUAUUAAACCUUAAUAU